AUGAAUCGUCUGGCCCGACCCAUCCGUUUCCUUUCCUGCACCCCCAAGGUUUUGGGAGGUAAGCCCGCCCGAGAUGCUUACUUCAACGACUGGAACUACCCCGAUGGUGGCCACUCCGCCACUUCGCUCAAAUGCGAGGACGAUGGUCAGAUCUCCACCAUCCCCGUCGGAGCCGGACUUGGCGUCAACUCCCGAGUGAACAUUUUUUUCACUCUUUACGCCGAGUUCAAGUUCAUUCUCUGGGCUGGUCUCCUUAUCUCCGUCCCAUGGUUCUUCAUCCGACUUGGUAUGCGAAAGAAGUUGGGUGACCCCGAAGCCGACAACCUCCCCGAAGGAACUUCUGUCACCGUUACUACCACCUCUGGCAUGCCUGGUUCCUACCUCUCCAACUUCUACGUUGACGUCAACUCCUUCACCAAGGCCGGAACUCUCGGUCUUUCCGGACUCAUGUACUACUUUGAUAAGUGGACCGUCCUCAACCGAGAAUCCAAGCCUGUCCGAGCUGAAUACCGAGCUAAGCGAGCCGCUAUCUGGGCUAACAGAAAAGCUCUUGCUGCUCCCGCUUCCAGCCACGACCACUAG